GGGUGGGUUCCUGGCUACUUGCUGCUGCUCUUGCAUAGAACACCCUUCGAUAGCUUCACGGCAGGCAGACGUUCAACAGGCAUAGUGAUUUUCAGCUCUGUGACUAGCAGUGAAAAUGCAACAGCUGGCCUGGAAACCAAGAAGCUUUCCUGUGAUCACAUGAAUGGAACAUGUACAGAUUUGAGAUUGAGUGGGCAUUUUUCCGAAUGUCCUGAGAAGUACAAGUACUUCUGUGUCAAGGGAAGAUGCCGCUAUGUUGAUGCAGUACAAACUCCAUCCUGCAUCUGUGAGAGAGGCUACACUGGGGAAAGAUGCGAGCGAUUGGACUUAUUUCAUCUAAGAGGAGAUCAAAAUCAAAUUGUGGUAGUUGCUUUGAUAGCUGUUAUGGUAAUGCUUAUCAUCCUGAUUGCAUGUAUCUGCACUUAUACUCAUUAUUGUCGGAAAAAGCGUAGAAAGAGGAAACAGGAGGAAUCCGGGACUUGUGAUAAUGAGCAGCCAAUGAAAACUGAUGAUAUACUUGAGACAGAUAUUGAAUGAAGGUUAACAAAAGUGCUUGCUGGCAGAUUCCAAAGACUUGUGCCCUUUUCAUUUUGAUGACUUUCCUGAGGACUAGUGAUAUGAAAAUAAAUAAGGAAAAAUAAAUAUGGGUAUAUAACUUCAGUCACAUGUGAUAUCUGACAAAAUCUAGUAUUAUUAUAGGAAUAAUAGUGAUAAUAUUGGGAACACAGGAAUUUUCUUAUAUGAAUGAUGUUAGAAGCAUAGUGUUUGACAUUUAACUCUCUUCAAUUUGUCAACCUGAAAAGGUACUUGGUGUUUUAUCUGCAGUCAAAAUAGAUAAAAUGUCUGGUAGUAUUGCAUAUUCUAGAGCAGUGGUUCCCAAACCUUUUCAGUCCAUUGCCCCCUUGGUGAUCCUCAGUGCCCCACACCCAGUGGUGGAAUUAUUUCUUUUUACUACUGGUUCUGUGGGCGUGGCUUGGUUGGC